ACCCCCGAGCCACCUCGGACAAGACCUUCGGGAGAAGGGAAUAGUACAGACAGGUCUAAUGCACCGAGACCUGCUCAACAUAUGGACAAGUUGGCAGUCGACAGACAUCUAAGUAAUCUCUCAGAAGAUGUCAUCUUGAAGUCCUUGAAUGGAUUCACAGGCAAAUAUCCAGAACUUGCAAUCCUCAACCAUGCGGCUUUCGUCAAAGAAUAUCGGUUGUCACCAAUUCCACCCGAGAGCAAGAUUCUACUUGCGUCCAUCUUGGCAUCAUCCAGGUCUCAGUUCUCACUUCUGAAUCCCCCGUGGGUCGAUUCGUUGCUACCAAGAGAGCAUUAUGCCCAUUAUGCGCAUGAGAUGCUAUCAGAAUGGUCAUUCAAAGCACCAAAGCUCCAGGUUGCACAGGCUCUGUUGAUCAUGAGUCUUUAUGAAUGGGGAUCUCGGGAGUUUCAUCGCGCGUGGAUCUAUUGUGGAAUUGCAAUUCGGAUCAUGCAAGCUCUGAAUAGUCUAAGAGUUGCCCCCUAUCCCCUUGACCCGACGCCUCCAAGUCAAAGGGAUGCCGUCUCUGUUGCGAUUGAAAACAGAACCGUCUGGGCCUGCUUCAUCAUUGACCGAAUGGUUAGCUCCGGAACUUAUAACCCACCCAUGCUACCAAUGUCAGAAAUGGAUAAGCUCAAAAUCACUCGCCCACUGAGUGCCGUCGAGUUUGCAUUCGGACCAUCCGACCUUUCCUCUCAAAAUACGGGCCUUGAUCCCAGUUUUGCGACUGCACGACAUGGACAGACUGCGCCUUUGGACAUCACACAAUCUUUCGAAGUUCUUGUCGCCGGGUUCGAUAUAUGGGCUCAUGUAAUGACAUUCAUCUUCAACGAUGGUCGACGCGCACCGGGCAUGUGUGCUCCCCAGAACUGCCCGUGGGCACUAGAAUCACCAUGGUCUAAAACAAGACGUCACCUUGAAGAAUGGAGAGCCAGUCAACACCAUAGACUCCAUUAUCCGAACAACAGCGUUGUGGCUCAUACUACUCUAGGAUGGGGCGAAUCGUUCACUUAUAUCAAUCUGCUAUAUUAUACUUCUACCAUCCUGCUCCAUCGGGAGUAUUUUCCUUUUUUGCCUACUCGGACAUCAGUUCCUAGAGGACCGGUCGAUCAGCCGACCCUCGAGGCGGAAGCACCGGAAGGCUGGUGGGAUAAAAGCGCCGCAGCCCUUUUUGGCGCCGCAGAACAGAUCGCAAAACUAUUGCACGAUGCCUCUGAUUGUGGAUCAGAAAUUCUUAUCCCAUUUGUUGGAUUUUGUGCCUUUUCUGCGGCAUACAUGAACCUUUAUGUCUCCUUAUUUCCACAAAUGAAUCUUGGCCGCAGUCCCAAUGCAGAGACCCAUCUUAAGUACUGUCUUACCUACCUUGAAAAGUUCAGACAUGUGUGGAAGCUUGGUGAAAGCUGGAUUGCGACAAUGAACCACGCUACCAUCUUGUAUCAACGGGCAGCAUCUGACAGAUCACGAUACCAAGGAAAGACGCGAACAGAUUUCAAUGUCUUGCAUCAAUCUUUAAGUGAAUUCCGUGUGCCUGAUCGGUCUGAUCAGCAUCUCCAGGAGAUCGAGGGCGCAGAAACACCUUCUCUCCCGUCGAUCACAGAUUCCAUCCUGGAAUCCGACAUUCGAUCUGAUAUGCUGGAUCUGGACAUGCCCCUUAGCAAUCUAUUGAGUGAGGUUAGUACACAUGCACAUGAGCAGGGCAUGUGGUCACAUUGGUGGCCUCCAUUGGAUGAAGUCAAUCUAGCACCUCAUGAUAUACAGCCAUAA